ACCCAUAUAUUAAUACAAAGCCCAUUCAAGCCCAACCACUAACACUCAUCAAGUUGCUUUCAUUGCAUUUUUUUCUUCACUCCUACAAUGGCUGCCUCAACCAUGGCUCUCUCCUCUCCCUCAUUCGCCGGCAAGGCGGUGAAGCUCGCUCCCUCCGCCUCAGAGAUCCUCGGCAAAAGCCGUGUCACCAUGCGCAAACCCGUCACCAGGCCAGCUUCCUCUGGCAGCCCGUGGUAUGGUCCAGACAGAGUUAAGUACUUGGGCCCAUUCUCUGGUGAGCCCCCUAGCUACUUGACUGGUGAGUUCCCUGGUGACUAUGGUUGGGACACUGCUGGGCUCUCCGCUGACCCAGAGACCUUCGCCAAGAACCGUGAGCUUGAGGUGAUCCACGCAAGGUGGGCCAUGUUGGGGGCUCUGGGUUGCGUUUUUCCCGAGCUUCUGGCCCGGAACGGCGUCAAGUUUGGUGAGGCCGUCUGGUUCAAGGCUGGAGCUCAGAUCUUCAGUCCGGGUGGACUUGACUACUUGGGCAACCCAAGCUUGAUCCAUGCCCAGAGCAUCUUGGCCAUCUGGGCCACACAGGUCAUCUUGAUGGGAGCUGUUGAGGGAUACAGGGUUGCUGGAGGGCCUCUUGGGGAGGUGACCGACCCAUUGUACCCCGGUGGUAGCUUUGACCCAUUGGGUCUGGCUGAUGACCCAGAGGCAUUCGCUGAGUUGAAGGUGAAGGAGAUCAAGAAUGGGAGACUGGCUAUGUUCUCCAUGUUCGGGUUCUACGUUCAGGCCAUUGUGACCGGAAAGGGACCAUUGGAGAACCUCGCCGACCACCUUGCCGACCCAGUCAACAACAAUGCCUGGGCUUAUGCCACAAACUUUGUCCCUGGGAAGUGAGAACUUAGAUAUCGAGAUUGUUUCGUGUUUCCUGUGUUGUUUUCAUGUAAAUUUAUUGCAGAUUAAUGAGUGCAAUGUGAAUUGUUUGUGCUAAAAAUGCAUUUUACUUGUGAAAUUUGUGUAAUUCCUGUUCCAAUGGAAUGAAUUUUCUUAUUUUCU